GCCCGUUUGGCUUUGCAAAUUGCAACGAGGCAAGCUGCUCGCUGUCUGACCCCAUUAGAUCGGCGGCGGCGGCGAUGAUGCUGACGGCGCGCCGGGCGGCGCGGCCGCUUCUCCGCCUCACCGGCGCCGGUGGUGCUCCGCCGGUACGCGCUGAGUUCACCCGUAGCUUCCUGGAUUUCUUCAAGAAGGGUAACACGGAGGCCAUCGAUGAAGCCAAGGCGAAGGCUAAGGCUAGGCUCAAGGAUGAGAUGAGCAGGGGAUACUUCGAGGACAUCUCCGAGAUCCGUAAGAACGCUGGCAAGAUUGCGACUGCGAGUAAGAUCAUCAUCCCGGAGGUUGCUGCCUUGAAGUUCCCUGAUCUUGCUUUAGAAUCCCCUGAUGCUGGGGCAUUGCAACUGCCCCUUGUCGCGGCUCUUCCAGGAGAGGAUCAUUGUGAGGCUUCUACUACGGUGGUUCCUGAUGUGUCACUGGUGUGCCUUUCUUUUCGUGCAAGCUCACAGAAAAUGGCAGAGUCAUGGAGUCUACCUUUUCUUGAUGCAUUUGGUGCUGGAGGAAGAGUUCAAGCAUAUGAGGUCUCAUUUAUAGAUUCAUGGUUGCUGUCAUCAAGUCCCAUGAGACGCGCAUGCCUCAAGAUGAUGAGGAAAUCAAGUAACCCACAGAGACACGUCGUUUAUGCCUUUGGAGACAACUAUGACUUCAGGAGAAAGCUUCAAAUUCAAAACCUUCUUACUGGGUACAUAUACCUGGUUGAUCGCCUGGGAAGGAUAAGAUGGCAAGGCUUCGGAUCUGCGACGCAGGAAGAGUUGUCAUCACUAACAGCGUGUACCUCCAGUUUGUUAGAUGAAAAAUGAAAUUAGAUGGCUUCUGAAAUACUAUAUUUAUCACUUGGAGUCAGAGAAAUUUUGUUUCCUUCCGGUAUCGGACCUAUCAUGUCUUCUUCCUUUUCCCUUUAUUCCCUGCAUAUUAACGAGGGACAGUUCCUUUCUCACAGAUUUCACAUAUGGACUGGCUUAUUUUCUGCCAUCCAGUCACAUUGUGUAAUAAUAGCAUGGGUUUCUUGCACGGAUUGCAAGCAACUGAAAUAAUCGAAGUCAAAUCCUAGGUUUUUGCCGUUAA